AUGACAAAAGUGAAACCAAUCAACACUGAGGCACUGGCCUGCCUGUGCGACACAUGAUUUGGCCAGGGAAAAAGGUGACGCUAGAAACAAGAAAAAAGUAAAAGAGAGGUUGCAAUGUAAUAAUAGGCAUGAAAAGAAAACCAGACUCCCCUUCCUCUCUCUUUCUCACUCUUACAGUCAGAUCUUUGUUUGCCCAAGUAAAAAGCUUUUUGCUUGCAUAGAAACAAAUAGAAGAAAACCCAAAUCCAAAAUCAAGCUAACCCCUUUUUUUUGCAUUUCUUUUAUCCUUCUUCUCCCAGCCUGAGGCUAUGAUUGAGUGAACCAGACAAAGUUUUCCUCACUGUCCAUUUCUCUUCACCAGCCAACACGCCAUAUCAGGCAUAGCUUAACCCAUCUGAUCCUUUUUGGUGCCUUUUCUCUUUCCCAUCUCUCUUUCUUUCUUUCUGAUUAGACCCAUGAGAAUAAUGUCUUGGUCGUGUAACCUUUGUUUGGUUUGUAAUGCAGUUGAAUGGAUGGUCUUUUUUUAUUUUUUUCUUUUCAAGACAAAUGAGGGAAAGUGAAAGAAAAUAACUAAAACCUAAGUAUUUCUUUUCUGUUCUUCAACUUCUCCUUUUUGUUCUUUUUCCAAACAUAUAUAUUUGUCCUGGGUUGUUGCUGCAUUUACGCUAAACAAUGAGGAAAAAUGGAUGGCAACUACCUUAUCACCCCCUUCAGGUGGUGGCUGUAGCUGUAUUUCUGGCAUUGGGGUUUGCUUUUUAUGUUUUCUUUGCUCCCUUUGUUGGGAAGAAGAUAUUUCAAUAUGUUGUGAUGGGAAUCUACACUCCUUUGAUUACAUGUGUUUUUGGCCUAUAUAUUUGGUGUGCAGCAGCUGAUCCCGCAGAUCCAGGAGUUUUUAGGUCCAAAAAGUAUCUCAAAAUUCCACAUGACAAAAAGCAUGCCCACCAAAAGGAUUCUAAACUUGGUGGGGAGUCAACUUCGUCCAUGCAUGAUGCAAAUGCUUCUACUGCCGGGGGUAAAUCUUUUGAUAAGGGUUCUAUAGGUGGAGAUUCAACUUUGAAAGAUCCAAAUACUGAUUUUGAGAAGAAUUUGACAUCACGCUAUUCAUCUUGCUUCAUAUGGGCUCUCUUUCCUUGUGCUCUUCUCUGCAAUUACUGCAGUUCGAGUGACGAAUCUUCAUCGCAAGAGAUGAGUGAAGAUGGCAUGUUCUAUUGUAGUUUGUGUGAAGUUGAGGUUUUCAAGUACAGCAAGCACUGCAGAGUUUGUGACAAAUGCGUUGAUCGUUUCGAUCAUCAUUGCAGGUGGCUCAACAAUUGUAUUGGCAAAAGGAACUACAGAAAGUUUUUCACCCUAAUGGUUUCUGCUCUUCUCUUGCUUAUUCUACAAUGGUCUACCGGAAUCCUUGUACUUGUAUGCUGUUUUCUUGAGCGGAAGCGAUUCUCUUCAGACAUCUCCUCCAAAUUAGGAAGCAGUUUCUCUUUGGUCCCAUUUGUUAUUGUUGUGGCAGUAUGCACCAUUUUGGCUAUGAUUGCCACCCUACCUCUUGCUCAGCUCUUCUUCUUUCAUAUCCUUCUCAUUAAAAAGGGAAUAAGCACGUAUGAUUACAUUAUAGCUCUAAGGGAGCAGGAGCAAGAGCAACAAGGAGUUGGAGGUCAGCAGAGUCCCCAGAUGUCUCCUGCCAGUUCACUUACUGGAUUAAGCAGUGCAAGUUCCUUUUCUACUUUCCACCGGGGUGCAUGGUGUACGCCACCUCGCCUGUUCCUGGAAGAUCAGUUUGAUGUCGUUCCUCCAGAGACUGCAUCUGUCAGUUCAUUAGGAAAAAAGACAGUAGCAGAGGAGCAAAUCAGGAAAAAGAACCCAGCAGCAAUAAAGAUUAGUCCAUGGACAUUGGCCCGGUUAAAUGCAGAAGAGGUUUCAAAAGCUGCAGCAGAGGCAAGGAAAAAGUCUCGGAUCCUACAGCCUGUGGUGAGACGGGAAGCCCCUUUUGGUCUAGAAGGAGAUAGCAGCUUUGGAAGCAGCGGUCGCCGUAUGGUCCCCAGGCCAGACAAUAAUAGAAGGAGAGGUAAUAAGAGAGUGCGCCUCCCAGCUGACCUGCCCAUAGAGCCCGUAACUAAGGUUUCGGGAAUGGCUGCUGAGAAAGGUUUCACUGAGACAUCUACUAGUUUGGCCCCUCUUCAGCUUGAGGCAAGAAGUGCUUUCCAAACUAGCCGAGCAAUGUCAAGCUCAGUUGGAAUUGUUGCUUCUUCUCCAGAAAGCAGUCUAGACUCACCAGAUAUCCACCCAUUCCGAGUUUCUUCAUCGGGAGCUGAAGAAUCUAGGCGGCUCACAGGUCCAUCAGUUGCAGGUACUGCUGCUCACAAUGGAAUUCCACUAUCAAGGUCCACCAGUGAUGGAUAUGAAGCAUCUGGUGGUGAAGACAGUGACAGGGUUCCUUCCAGGAUUGUUCAAAGGCCGACUAACUGGAGUAACCUCCUCUUCCGACCUGAUCAAGAUGAGGAUGUUUUUAGAUUGAAAGCAUCAUCUUCAUCUAGCCAGGCUAACAACAGAAAGCUUUGACUAUAAGUCAAAUAUGAUUGAGAAGAUUAAGUUCAUUUGGAUUUCAUUGAGGGAAAAGCUCAACAUUCAUUCAUUUUUGGGCCAAAAACAUUUCAAGAACUAGUGGACUAACUGGCUAAUCAGCUUGCCCAUUGCUUUGGCAUCUGAGUUUGCAAUGUGGAAUCAGGCUUCAUGGGAAGGACAUGACAAUGCUGUAAAAAGUUUCAAGUAAUUGUUUUUCUGAGCCCCAGACACCCUACGCUUGCAUAAGCUUUCGUUGCAGCCUUUGGUCCCUGGCUCUUGCAUUAGGGACUCUGCCAAGAUGACAAAUUUGUUGAUGUGUUGUUUAUAUUAUUACUAUUCUCAAUUGUAAUCUCUUUGUUGAGCUUUUGUUAGAUAUGGAUUCUUAUGGAUGGCUCCUAUUGAAUAUUUUACUUUCAUUCCCGAAAAGAACUUGCCCACUUUUGUCCUA